CACUAUAUAUACUCCCAAAAAUAAUUACUCCUUUCAUCUCAUUUACCCCUUCCCCCAUUUCUCCUCUCUCCCCCAGCUUUGUUGUACGCCCCAUCUCUCCUCUCCCCCAUCCAGCUCUUCUACGCCAUUUUCUGCCCCCUUUUCCUCCCCCAUUUUUUCCCUCCAUCCAAGAUCAAACUCAUUCCAACGAGUUGAUAUAAAGACAGUUGAUCUACUUCUUCUUUCCCAACGAGCAGCCACUCUUCAAUGGGUGUUUGCAGUUGGAAUCGGUGCACAAGGCAUGGAUGAGAGGUCAAUUUGAGCCGCUCGUACAAGAAGCCCCCAUCAACCAGGUGAACCAGCCCAUACAUUGAGUUUGAACCAUUGGAGGAAUUUAUCUUGUUGCAAAAGCCACUACUACUUGCUUCAUCUCAAUGUGCAGAGUUGGAUAAGAGUUAAAUGCAAUGUUGUGCUAUUAACUUUCUUAAUUAAUCAAAUUGUGAAGUUAAUAUUUUUGUAUUUACAAUGAUAGUAUAAUUAGAGUUGCUAAAGGAAUUGAAGUUGUGCUAUUAGCCUAAUGCUUUUUAGCUUGAGAUGGUGAUUCUUUUAAAAAUAGAAUGUCUAUGAUGCCCAA